AUGGUUGACCACUUCCAAGAUCUGUUAAUAAGUUUGGAAGACGACGAGCAGGUGACGGGUUACACUGAAGCACUAGCAUGGAAUGAUGGACAAGACAGUAUUGCAAACACCGAAGGAAACGAUAAGGAAACUGGUUCGUACCAGUCACCAGAUCUUACACUAGCGGGUGCACUGGGAUGGCUAACUGGUCAAAAACAUGUACCGAUCAAUGAGGAUAAUUUAAAAAUACAUGUCGAUUUUGAUCAUGACUGUAUGACUCGUAACAACUUGCAUACAGUUUGUUUCCCAGUUGUUGGAGCAUGCGUCAGAAAUGUUACUUUGCCGGUUGAACACAUGAAAACAAGUGAUGAUUUCAAACGAGUUUUCCUGAUUGCCUUCAGCAAGGGUCAGUCAUUUGGGAAUAGAUAAAUGAAAGUGGACAUAAUUAAAAGGGAACGUGAUGUUGAAAAUAUCUUAUUCAAAGAUAGUGGACUUUUGCAUGUUAAGUAUAUACGAUGGUUCAUAUUGUUACUACUAGCUUAUACGAGACAUUCAAUAAGCAGAAGACAACCCGUUAAUUACAGUAGCUGUUUUGUUUUCCAAUGAAAAUACCAUAUUUACUCGUAUAUGUGCUUGGUCUCUUUCUAAUUCUUAGUGUUUCCAAAUGCGGUGGUUAUUUGAACGCUGCUAAAACGAGUGAAUGCAGGUUUUUGGCUGAUAUUAUAAUAGAGAGGUUAAGAUUGACGUUUACGGCAGACCGGUAACCACAAACGGCAAACUUCAAUUCGCAUUUGAAGGUAAGUUCUACAAGUUUCCGAAGGUUUCGACAGGUUUUUAGUCAAUUCAUUCUUCAAUUUCAAUGCACAAAUUGUCCUAACUUCGAACAGCUUACAGUUGAUCUCAAAAUACGACUUGAAGAUAGCGG